AUGCCGGCGGCGGGUGCGACCGGAGAGGAGGGCUCGGCGGGGGCCGGAGGGGAGGGCGCGGGGCUCGGCGGCGGGCCGGUGCGGGAGCAGGUUGGCCCCGCCACCCCUAAGCUCUGUGGGUACCUACAGAAGCUGUCAGGAAAGGGCCCCUUGCGUGGCUUCCGCAGCCGCUGGUUUGUCUUCGACUCCCGCCGCUGCUAUCUCUAUUAUUUCAAAGGGCCGCAGGAGGCGCUGCCACUUGGGCACCUCGACAUCGCCUCCGCCUGCUUCAGUUACCACCAGCCCGAGGCCGGAGCCGCGGCUGGGGACGAAGCCGCCGCCUUCGAGGUGCACAGCCCCAACGGCGCUGUCGCCGUGCUCAAGGCUGCAACUCGUCAGGAUAUGACAUACUGGCUUCAGGAACUUCAGCAGAAGAGGUGGGAGUACUGUAACAACCUUGAUGCAGCAAAAAGGGACAGCCGAACUUCCCCCACACCAAGUGACUUUUCCAAAGGUCUUGUUGCCAAAGACAACUCUGAUUUCAGUAUCCUAAGUCAAAAUGCUUCAGCAGAGAGAGCUAGAAAUAUUCUAGCUGUGGAGACCUCCCCUACAGACCUGGUGGGGGAACAAGCAGCUUCACAACCUGCACCAGUCCAACCGAGUGCCAUCAAUUUCUCUCUUAAACAAUGGAGUACAGAAAUCAAAAAUUCAAUGUCCUCUCUAAGGAAAGGAAAUAAUGAAAACCGCAAGAGUAUCUUUUAUACCACCGAAGAGUGGGAAUUGCUGGAUCCAACCCCAAAAGACUUGGAGGACUCGAUGGCCCUGGAAGAAAAGAGGAAACACCUAGCAGAAGGAAGUAAAGGACUGACUAGUUCAGCUUUUCCAUUCGAAUUUGGCCGCAUUCCACACAAAACAAGGCGCCCAUUAAAAGACAUGAUUGGAUCGAGCAAAAGCCGGAACAGCAGCGACUCUUCUCCAACUGAGUGGUAUGCUGGUAAUGGCAACAAACUAGUCUCUGAGCUGCAACUGAAGUAUCAAAGCCAGCAAGAGGAGUUGGAAAAGCUAAAGAAAGAUCUUUUGAGCCAAAAGGAACUUGUGCGACUUCUGCAGCAAACAGUCCGAUCUUCCCAAUAUGAUAAAUACUUCACAAGCCGUCUUUGUGAGGGGGUUCCCAAAGAUAAAUUAGAGCUGUUGCACCAAAAAGAUGACCAGAUACUGGGUCUCAACAACCAACUUGAAAAGUUAAAUCUGGAAAAAGAUAGUCUCCAGCAGGAAGUUAAGAACCUGAAAUGUAAAGUUGGAGAACUCAAUGAGCGGCUGGGUAUGUUGAUGGAAACUAUUCAAGCUAAAGAUGAAGUGAUCAUGAAACUCUCUCGUCAACUCAGUGAAUGUGAGGACGUUACCUCCUCUCAAAGUGGAGCAGUAAAUUCUUCCAUGGCCACCUGUACUAAUAAGGAACUGCAGGAGCUGGACAGGCUAAAAGACAAUCUUCAAGGUUAUAAGACCCAGAACAAAUUUUUAAAUAAGGAGAUUUUGGAACUUGCUGCUUUACGAAGAAAUGCAGAAGCAAGAGAAAGAGAAUGGCAGGCAAAGUAUACAAGCUUGGAAGCCAAACUCUGUCAGAUAGAAAGUAAAUACUUGAUCCUACUGCAAGAAAUGAAAGCUCCUGUUUGUUCAGAGGAACAGAGUCCUGCUCGUGAGGUCAUCACGCAGUUACUGGAAGAUGCCUUGAAAGCAGAAACUAGCGAACAACCAGAACAGGCCUUUUUCAAACCACACCUGGUCAGUGAAUAUGAUAUAUAUGGUUUUCAGACAGUCCCAGAGGAUGAUGAUGAGGAGAAACUAGUAGCAAAAUCACGAGCUUUGGACCUGAAGUCGCUUUCUCUUAGUGAAAAUCGAGAGAUCUCCACAGGAGUAAAAUGGGAAAACUAUCUUGCAAGCACAAUGAAUAGAGAGAUGAUUCGCUGUGUAGAACUGAAGAAUCUUAUACGAUCUGGAAUUCCACAUGAACAUCGUUCCAAGAUAUGGAAAUGGUGUGUCAAUCUCCAUGUUAAAAAAUUCAAGGACAGCACUGUUCCUGGGUACUUCCAAACCUUGCUUCAAAAUGCUCUGGAGAAACAAAAUCCUGCAUCUAAACAAAUUGAGUUGGAUCUCUUGAGGACUUUGCCAAACAAUAAACAUUAUUCCUCCCCAACAUCUGAAGGGAUCCAGAAGCUGCGAAACGUGCUGCUGGCGUUUUCCUGGAGAAAUCCCGAUAUAGGGUAUUGCCAAGGGCUCAAUAGAUUGGUAGCCAUUGCACUUCUGUAUUUGGAACAGGAAGAUGCAUUUUGGUGUCUAGUAACAAUAGUUGAAGUUUUCAUGCCUCGUGAUUAUUAUACUAAGACACUGCUAGGAUCUCAGGUUGAUCAGCGAGUAUUCAAGGAUUUAAUGAGUGAGAAGCUUCCACGACUGCAUGCUCAUUUUGAGCAAUACAAAGUUGACUACACGCUCAUAACUUUCAACUGGUUCCUUGUUGUAUUUGUGGACAGUGUGGUUAGCGACAUCCUUUUCAAAAUCUGGGACUCCUUCUUGUAUGAGGGACCAAAGGUAAUAUUCCGAUUUGCCCUCGCACUUUUUAAAUAUAAAGAAGAGGAAAUCUUGAAACUGCAGGAUUCAAUGUCUAUUUUCAAGUACCUUCGAUACUUUACACGCACCAUACUUGAUGCCAGGAAAUUGACUGCUAUUGCUUUUGGAGACCUGAAUCCCUUUCCAUUACGUCAGAUCAGGAACCGUAGGACCUAUCAUCUGGAGAAAGUACGUCUUGAACUAACUGAACUAGAAGCCAUUCGUGAGGAUUUCCUACGUGAACGAGACACCUGUGUAGAAAAGAGAGACCUUAUUAGUGAUGAUGAGGAGGAUAGUUGA